AUGUCGACAUUGAAUGUCACCUCACUGGGGGGGAAAGAGCCUGAGCUAGUGCGGGAGGUUGAGCAGCUAGAGAUAGUUGGGCUCACCUCCACACACAGUCUGUGCUUUGGAAUCCAACUCCUUGAAAGAGGAGGGUUGCUUCCCUGCGCCUUCGGGUCAGGGAUAAGUCUCUCAGCUUACGGGCCGAACAGCAGUGUAGAGUACCCGGCCUUCCUGGAGGCCCUGGGAAGGCUAUUGGAAAGUGUCCCAACUGGGGACUCCGUCGUUCUACUGGGGGACUUCAACGCUCAUGUGGGCAGCGACAGAAUGAAUGGGAGGAACGGCCUCCCCGAUCUGACCACGAGUGCUGACCUCCAGAAUGUCCUGGGGCAGUUUGCAGAGUGUGAAAUGGCUGGGAUGAGAAUCAGCGCCUCCAAGUCUGAUGCCAUGGUUCUCAAUCUGAAAAAGGUGUCUUGCUCCCUCUGGGUUGGGGGAGAGUUCCUGCCUCAAGUGGAGAAGUUUAAGAAUCCUGGGGUCUUGUUCACGAAAUUUCCGAUGUUGCUUCUUGUGCCCGUCAUUCUCCUGAUGCACAGGAUGACCACACCCAACAGCACGACCACGGCAUCAUCUGUCAUUGGUCCAAAGAUGCUUCACGCAAAGUGGAAGGACAGCCAAGAGUUAAUCAGCUGUAACACUCACCAACAGGCACACAUAGCCCUGCACACGCCCCGCCCACGCUCCACCCACACCCCGCCCAUACCCCUCUACACCUGCAGCCGGGUGGCCUCGAGCUCCAUGCGGCACAGACGUGCAACCAGCCAGCACGAGAGAGGAGUGGUUUGCUGUCAGGACAAGCAUCGCAUUCAGGAAGACAUUAGACAGAAGAAACUGGAAAUGGACCAGGAGAAAAUCAAAUUACAGCAUCUAAAGAAAAAAGCUCUGAGAGAGCAGUGGCUGCUACAGGACUCAGCUUCCCACAAUGCAACACACUUUCUGACUGACCAGCAGCAGACCAGAGCACUGCAGCUCAGCAUCCACAGGAUAGAAACUGAAGUGGAGGCUUUGGAGAGAGAGGAGUCUAUGAUCUCUACCAAUGAGAGCUUCAUCCUCAACAGACUGAAGGCUGUGGAGAAAAGUUCAGAUGAUAUUAUCAAGGAAGUUCAGGACAGCUUUGUUCCUGAGCCACUAAUGGUCACCACAGUGAUUCCUGAUGUCCCAAAAUCCCUCUCUCCCCCAUACAACAAACACUCUGAACCAAACACACCAAGAAAGGCUCCAUUUGCCAUGGAGGUCAUUGUGAGUAAAAACCUGUCUACUGGGGAGAGCACAGUACUCUCUACUGCAUCAGUUCUCCCAGAGGAGAUACAUCAACACUCAGGGCUCAAGGUUUACGAUGACGGCAGGAAGUGUGUUUAUGCCCUGAACUCACAAGAGGGGUCAUGUGAACAGAGCUGUGGGUAUGAGCUGUCAGCCAAUGAGGUGAAACACUUGCUAAGAAGCACCACAAUGCACCACCAAGUACACCAAUCAAACUAUCAUCAAAACCACAACAGGAGAGAGGACCACUGUUUUUACAAGCACCAAGAUGAAACAGACAGAGCACUGGGGUGUGACCUUAGACACCCGGGGGGUCAUUGCGGUAACCAUCUCCCCCGAAACAACAGCUCAGAGAAAGACUUGAGCUCUAGGGAGAAGUGGCAGAGAAAACCAGGGGCAGAACAUCGCUUAGGUCCACUAGAAAGCCAUUACAGAAGGCAGGAAGAGAGAAAUAACCAAAGCAACCUCAGGGAAGGUCAUCACCAUGGAAACUACAAGGGGUUGGGAAAUCACUACGACAACCAGAGAGAUUGUCACUACAGUUCAUACCAGGUGAGAAACUGUGUUCAAGAAGAUCGGCCUGCAAGCGGCAUCAACAGAAGCAAUAGUUUGGUAAGUGGAGGCAGAGCCAAUGGCUGCCCUCCUCCCAGAUCACAUGACCAGGAAGUGCUGUCCACCUGCCAACCACUGCUCUGCUACACUCCAGCCAAUUAUGUUGCUCUUAGGGAUUACAUCAGUGUGGAGGAAGAAGAACUUUAUCACUUCAAUCCACCCUCUUAUCACAACCAUGAUGGGAACCCCCCCACUGCUGUAUAUGACUCUGCCCAGUCUGACAGAGGUCCCUCCCCCCUCUUCAGAGAUGACACUCCCUACACCAUCCUCAACACCAUGGAGACCAUUGAACCAAUAACAGCCAUCUUCAUGGGCUUCCAGACAGCUCAGGAUGUCAGCGGGCAGGGUCGAGAGUUUGAGGGCUCAAUGAAGGCCGAGCUGGUCAUCAUCGAAGACAACGCUGCUAUCAACAGCAUGAGGGAGAAGAAGAGCCAGGCCACGCUUGGGGGCAAUAGUUAUCCAACAGGAAGUUCAGCUAAUGGAAUCAUGGGACACAUGAAGGGAAUAGGAGACAAGAGGAUGGAGAGACAGGUGGGACCAGAUAUCAGAGAGAUCCCCAAAAAACACAGACUUUGCUGUACUGUCUGCUAACUGGACGUACUAAUGGCAGAGUGUCUGUAUCAAUCUGCUAACCUGAUGACUAACUGCAAACAAGCCCACAGACAGUCUCUGCUGGAAACCCAAUACUUUAUGUAAUAAAUGAAUCAAGUAGCUCCACGAUAGAGAAAGGAGUCAUUUAAAGUGAUGAGCUCAGAGCUCUUCACUUUAAGUGGUUCCAUCCAACAUUUGAAUGUCAAGAUUUAGCACAGUUAAAUCUUGCCACUGUGCACCAUCUGCUCAGCUGCAAACAGCAGACAAGCAUGGUCAGAAAAUAGCUGGUGAAAAUAGUGGAGCAUUCAGCAGCUAAAGAGACUCAGAAGUCAGACUUCAUAAAAACCAAAACAGACCUGGAAGGAGAGUCACUGCACCAAAGUAAGGCCUGUUUUGCUUUGGGUGUGCUGGAUGUGGUAAUAUGCAACAAAAUCUAUUCUAUUGAUGCAGUAAUUAAAAGCUUUACCAAUAUAUUUAUAAUCUGAGCAUCAAACUGCUGCACGCUGUAGAGCUGAAAGGUGGCAAAACAACCUAAGGCUGGAAGUUUCUGUCAGGUCUACAAUCAUCAGAAACAUAUAGGCACUGUGAAGUUAUAGCUUAUAAAUGGAGGUGAUAAAAUGAAGGCUGAUUUCCUUUAUCCACUUUAUAAACACAGCAUGGACAAACAGAUAUCGUUGAUGGCUGUUUGUAUCAUGAAAGUUGUUUUUUGAGCCACAUAUAAACACAGAGAUGAAGAAGCAGCACACUGCCGUCACAAUCAUUAUGUCAUUGCUGCACCUGCCACAGCGCAGAACAGGGAGACAAUCAUGUUGUCUACCACAACUGUAAUAAAUGUCAGAAGGGUUCAGAGGGAGGAAUGUCUCUUUCAACACACCAAAUCUUAAAGCUGUGGAAUAUUACAUAAUCCAUCUUUGCUCACUAUAUCUUCACUUUCUUACCUUCAGGCAUGAAUAAACUGCAGGUCAUUUUCUUAUUAAAGUCCAAAAAUGUCAGGUCAAUUAUUGGUAUAGGCUAAAAUAAUAUUGUGCAUAAUUUCUGAAAAGGUUGUAAGUUCUUUGUUGGAAGAGAACAUUUGCUGUGGUCAGCUGGAAUUCAGAGGUUACAGUGAAUUUCAAUGGUGAGCACUUUUCACUGCUGAAAGAAUAUUAUACAUCAUACUUAUUAUAAUAUAUACAUUAAAUUCUCCAACGACCUGUACAUCUCUUGCUAUCUAAAUCAUUUUGUACUCUUAAAUAAUAUAAAAAUAAUAUCAAAUGUGUUUAUGAAUAAAUGCAAACAUGCAGUGCAAUUUAAACACACUACCCAUGGGUAUAUUCAGCGUAUCAAAGAACUUUGAAAAAUGUAUAGAAAACAGACACAGCUACUGUCCUUUGGCUCCCUCUGCUGGUUGACAGGUGCUGUUGUGACCUAGUUUAUAUUAAUCAGCAGCCAAGAUGCAAGUGUAUUUGCAUUUCUGGUUUGCAAAGUCAAUUUCAGGAAACCUAAUUGGUACCCAGAAAAGUAGAGCAACUUCGCUUCAGCUGACUGAGACUGAGAAGAGAAUGUAUAGGUAAGACAUGAAGCAGGAGGUGAUCUGGGGAGAUAAUGAGAUGUACUCCACCUCCCUAACCCUAACCCCCCACCACACAGAAGUUUGUAACAGUGGUAACCUCUGACAGAGUGAUGGUCAGUCACCUCACUGUGUAUAAAUAAAUCCAUGGAGCCAUCUGUGGAUCUUCUCUCAGCCCAGCUUUCCGUCAGUUUCUCUCUGUAUAUAAUCUAUAGAGCCACCUUCAUGAUCACAGUGAUCAAAGUGGCAGUAUGUAGGAGACACGUUAGUGUUCCAAUAAUAGUGCUAUGAUCACUCAGUGGUGUGUGUGCUGCUGAAGAUACAGCCUAACACUAAACCACCUCUGGAACAACAUCUGUAUAUGUAUUAUAUGUUUUGUUUUCCAUUGGACCAUCCUCCCUGUUAAAAAAUAACAAAUAACAAACUGCUCAAAAGCAAGAUGCCGCUUUUAUUUUUGAUUCUUUAAACAGAAACGUCAGUGUGCUGGCCAAACCAACAAAAACCAGCAAUUAUGUUACAUGACAAAAUAAUUACUCACAAAAUUUGCAAAAAGAAUGCACAGAUAUAUAAUUACUGGAUCAUAAUUAUGUUAAAGACAUCUGAUCCAGAUUUUGCACUUCAAAUAACAUUUUUUUUUUUUUUUUUUGCAGAUGCUUUUUCUUGUAUUGUGUUCCCAUUCCACUGAUGCGUCACAUUUUUAUACUAAAUGUAAAGGGCAUGUGUAAUGAUGAUGCUAAUAAACCUUUGUAUU